AUGGAGGAGAGGGAGGUCGGGGAAGGGGAGUUUGUGAAGAGGCGGGUUACGUUGUGGAAUCACUUAGGCCCGAGUAUUUGGCAUCGGAUUGAUGUGCGAGAUACCCAUGUUGUGAGGGAGGGAGGGGGAGGAGGUGCGGAGGUGGGAGGAUGGGAGGCAGAUCCAGGCUUAUGCUUGGCCGGUGGGGGAUCGGAGGGCGGGGAGGGCGAAGGAGUGCUGGAGGAGUUUGUGAAUCGUGUGAAAGGGAGAGAGGGCUCGGGGGUUUGGAUCGAUGGGCGGGAUAGUGUGCGGCAGAUGGAGAUUGUAGACCAGGUUUAUAAACAGGCUGGACUUUCGCCGAGACCUGGAACUGGUUUUACCGUUUGA